AUAAAGGCGUUCAGAACAAGGCUAAAAUAUUUUACCUUUUCAAGAUGUUGCUGAAAGUUCUAUUUGUUGCUAUUUUAAUCUUCGUUUGUGCUGAAGGUUGCACUUACAAAGGUCUGGAAUGUCCACGUUACACUGUUUUGGAAAAACAUCUUGAUUAUGAAGUUAGACGAUAUCCUUCACAAACUUGGGCUGUUACGGAUGAAAUUAAUAGACUUGGAAAAGCAGCCGAACUCAAAGCUUCUAAGAGAUUGACAGAAUAUUUUGAAGGAAAAAAUAACAGAAGUAUGAAUAUUCCCACAACCUUGCCUGUGAGAAUCAAAAUCAGUCAUUUUAACAAGUAUAAUCAUGAAGUGGGUUUUUUCAUACCAUCGAAUUUGGCCAAGAAUCCUCCUCGUCCUAUUGAUUUGCGAAUCAGUAUUGUUGAAGAGCCUGAAACAGUCUACGUUGUAAGGCCAUUUUCUGGGUAUUACUCUGAAAUUCUUGGAGUGCCGGAUAAAACAUGGGAAGCGGAAGCAAAGAAAUUAACUGAAGUCGUGAAAGACGAUACUAAAAUACGAAAAACUAGUUACUACAAAGUUCAGUAUGAUAAACCUUCUCUGUUCACUGAGAGUCGUAAUGAAAUAUGGAUGAUUAAGUUAGUUGAUUAAUGAAAGGAUACUAUUGAGAACACUAGCCUAUGCUUGAGUAUUUAUAUUAAAAUUUUUCGUUGGUAUUUCACAAUUGAGAUGUGAUUUUUUAGUUAAAUAAAUUUAAAUUCCUCUCUCAAAGCAUGGUAUAAAAAAGG